AUGCCCUGUAUUCCCGAUACUUUAUGUCACGAUCUCCGUAUUGAAUGGACAAGAGACAACAUUGCCGCUUUCGGUAGGGACCCAUCUCGCAUUACCAUUUUUGGCCAAUCUACGGGAAGUGCGUCUGUAGACUUUUACUCCUACGCAUACGCAGACGAUCCUAUCAUCGCUGGUCUGAUUGAAGAAUCCAAUACCGCCAACGGAUUCAUACAAACACCUAUCUCUGUUGCGGUCGAGAACUGGUUUACUAUAACCUCCAAGCUCCACUGUGGUGGCGCAACAUCGAACGCAAACGAAGUCCUGGCAUGCAUGCGUACCAAGGACGUCAAUCUCAUUCUUGCGAGCAUUCCAGCAGACACUACCCAGUCUGUCGCCACAAAAAUUGGGCCAACAAUCGACAAUAUCACCGUCUUUCCGGACUACUCUGCCCGCAGCGCUGCCGGAAACUUCAUCAAAAUCCCCCUCCUCGUCGGCAACACAGACUACGAAGCCGAACUCUUCGCCACGCUUGCCGGCACAACAUUGCCAAAGGCUGUAUGGCAUGCCUUCAAUGUCCACGUCUUUACCUUUGCUUCAGGAGUACGAGCAAAUAUCAGCGUGCAAAGCGAGAUCCCAAUGUGGCGAUACCGCUGGUUUGGCAGUUUUCCAAACACGAGGCUGACGAGUUACCCCGGAAGUGGCGCCUGGCACGGGAGCGAUGUUCCGGCGGUUUUCAAUACGGCCCCGUCUGCUGUUGGAAUACCUGCUGACACGGAUGCUGAGGUGGCGAUUGGGGAAUACAUAAGGGGUGCUUGGGCGGCGUUUGCUAAAGCUCCGAAAGCAGGGUUGAAGAGUUACGAGGAUGGAUGGCCAGUGUAUGUGCCAGGGCAAGAGUCAAGACACGCUGGUUAG